UGUACGGAUGUAUGUUGAUGGAACAAAUUGUAUUCUUUUGAGUCUUACAUUAUUUAUUUGAAAAUAUUUAGAAAUUUAGCAUUACAUUUUGCAUACGUAGUUUUAGUAUGCAUGAAAAUUUUAUUUCAUGAAGUUUUUACAUUUCUCCAUCAGCUUUUGUUUAUAAGAUGUGGUUACUAAAAGAUAGCGAUGGAAGAAUUAGAUAUUUACGACCAAAUACUACAGUUAAUGUGGGUAGGAAACAAACAGAUAUUGUUUUAGAAAACGAUUCAUCGAUUAGUAGAGCACAUGCUACAAUUGUUAUCACUUUAAAGGACCAGAUGAAAAUAUCCGAAGAGUCAUCUAAAGUCAUUGUUAAAGAUAUUAAUUCAAAAUACGGAACUACAAUUAUAAGAAAUGGAAUACAUAUAAAAGUGUCUACUAAGGGAAAUGAAUUGCAACCUUCAGAUUUAAUAAAAUUUGGCUUACAGCAUCACAUUUUUAAGGUUGAAUAUAUUCAUUUUAUAACAGUUAUUUCUCGAUUAAGCACAGAUCAUAAGAAAAAGUUAAAGAGUAUUAUGGAUAGCAUUGGUGGAAUUAUUAUUGAUUAUUAUGAUGAGAGAUGUACACAUUUGACAGCAACAACUGCUACAUCAACUAAUAAGAUCAUUUCUGCAAUAAUAGCUGGUAUACCUAUAAUUGAUAUAAAUUAUUGGAUGGCAGUACUAAAUGCCAUAGAAGUAAACAAUAAUCUUCCAGAUCCAAAUCUAUUUAUACUUUCAUUACAAGAUAAAGGAGUUAAUUCACAACGUGUAUCAUUAAAGCCAAACCCUUUACGUAAAAUUAUUUUUCAAGAAAAAAAAUUUAUUUUUUUUUCUGCAAAAACAUUCGCAGAAUAUAAUGGAAUGAUAAAAGAAGCAGGUGGCAAGGCAGAAUUAUACACUACAAAUUUAAAAAAUAUUUCAGAUGAUCUUUUUACAGAUAAUAACAUUAUAAUGCAAAUAACCGAUGAUAGUUUCACAGAUGAUGUGGCAAUAUUUAAUGCAAUUAUUUAUGAAAAAAUGCAAGAGAAGAAGCUUAGAAUGAUAGCUGAAACUGAAAUACCAUUGGCCCUCGUAUAUGUAUCAUUAGAUAAAUUUUGUAAUCCAAAAUAUCAUUUCAAGGAACUAAUAAAAAGAAAAAGUCUUGUGAAAGAUGUAUCUAAAAUACUUGCAUUAGAUACACAAGACAUUUUACCAUCUGUUCAUUCAAAUAUCGAUCAUACUGCAUCAAAUUCAAAGCAGAUGUAUAUUCCUGAAACUGAAGACUAUACUCAAGAAAGUAUUAUACAAAGGGAAAAUUACGUUUCUCAUAAAAGUGUUCCCAAAAUAUCUAAUUUAAAAAAUAUCGAUCCUACCGUAGAAAUUGAAAACAGUUUGUCCAAAAUAAAUGUCGAUAAAGAAGAAUCCCCAUUUAUUAUAAAAUCAAUGGAUAUAAAUUCUAGAAAAAGAAAUAUUGGGAAUGUUUACGAAAGUGCAGAUAAUAGUGGCUUAACUUUUGCUAAACCUCAAUCAAAGAAAAUAAAAAUUAAAAACAAUAUUGUUAAAGAAAUAAAUUUACUAGAUUCUGAGACAAAGAAAAAAAAUUCAAAAUUAAAAACAAUGUAUGAAAAUCUGGGAGUAGAUGAUGCAAUAAUUGAUCAAGAGAGCAACGAAAGUUUUGAUAAGCCAUUAGAAGCUCCAAAUUUAAAUAUUAAAUCCAAAAGAUUGAAAUGUAUAGCUACAAACGGUAAAAGUAAUAAAAGAAUAUUUGACGAAUUAUCGGACUUGAAAGAAUCAUAUAGAAAUGUAAUGGUUGAGUCGAAAAAUAAAGAGUUUAACAAUUCUAUCGAAAUGAGUGAAAAGAAAAGAAAAUUAUCUGUUGAACAUAAAAAUAAUGAUGAAUUUGUGGAAACAGAAGAGCAAAAUAACGAAUCAAUAAAAGAACAGGAUAAAUUUAGUAAAUGGGGAUUUAAAAAGUCCGAAAAAAAAAUUAUAGAUUUCGAUUUAGAUGAUAUGGAUGAGGAUGAACCAAACAUUCAAGAUUCUUUAUUACAAUCAACAAUUUUAAAUAAAGAAUCUACAAGUCUUUCGAAAGAAGCAAAUAACACUCCCAUUUCAAACAUAGACAAUAUAUUACUUGAAUUUAAUGAAAGUGAUAAAGAUAUUGAAAUACAAUCACCUCAAACUAGCAAUGCAAAACUUUCUAUAGAAAGCGUCAAAAACUGGAUUUCUAUCGAACCUUUAAAAAACAACGAUUUAUUGGAAAAUAACACAAAUUUGGUGAAAGAUAAAACUGAAAAAACGUUUUCAAUUAGAUCCAAUAUAUUAUUAGCGUCAAAUACACACGAUAAAAGCAGUUGUAAAGUUUUCAAAAAGGUAUACAACCAAAUUCCAACUAAACGAAUAUUAUUAUCUGACAUGACUAUUUGGAAACCAAAUACUUAAAAGUCUUUGUUAAACAAUUAUUUAUUUAUAUUUUAAUUUAAUAA